AUGGCAAAGGACCCAAAUAAGCCCAGAGGACAAACCUCCUCCUAUGCUUUCUUUGUUGCGACCUGCCUUGAAGAGCACAAGAGGAAACACCCAGGGGUCGGUGUAGGCUUUGCAGAGUUCUCAAAGAAAUGCUCUGAGAGAUGGAAGACUGUGAAAGCCAAGGAGAAGGUGAAGUUCGAGGACAUGGCUAAGAAUGACAAGGUCCGAUAUGACCGUGAGAUGACUACAUAUGUUCCACAGAAGGGUGCAAAAAAGGGCAAGAAGAAGAAGGACCCCAAUGCCCCAAAGAGGCCCCCCUCUGCUUUCUUCGCGUUCUGUUCUGAUCACCGUGCCAGAAUCAAGGAGGAGAACCCUGGUAUCACCAUUGGUGACAUUACCAAGAAACUUGGAGAGUUGUGGGGUACACAGACUUCCAAAGACAAAGCUCCACAUGAAGCAAAGGCUGCUAAACUGAAGGAAAAAUAUGAGAAGGAUGUUGCUGCCUACAAAGCCAAAAGUGGGUCCGGAAAGAGUGAUGCUGGUAAGAAGAGUGGCCCAGGUAGGCCCAUUGCCAAGUAAACGGCACCAGCUGAUGAUGACGA